GUCUUUUUCAUUUCUUAUACUCGAAUCCUAGAAAAUUUUUUAGUAUUAGACUACUAGAAACUAAGUACAGUUGUUUGAUUAAUUGUUGUGUAUUACCAAUGUUAUAAAGUAUUUUCGUUACCAAAAAAUCAUUAUUCAUUUUAUAAACAUUCUAUGAGUUGAUUUAUAAAACAUUUUUUGGAAAUAAAAAAUAUAAAAACAAAUUGUACAACUGUUACUAUUGAAUAUCUAUCACCUAUUUUUUAAGCAUAUUAUAAGUAAAUACACCAAAGUAUUUGAGAGUAAUGGAUAAUUAUAUGCUUCUUUUAUGUGUUUUCUUCUUUGUGCUAAUUUUCCAAGCACAAGCCCGUACGUUUACAGCCGAUGACUGUCCUGUAUGUGUAGCAACAAUUGACAAGUUUUCACAAACAUUAGAAAAUGUGAACGAACCAAAAAAAAUUGAAGAAAGUUUUAGAUCAUUUUGCUUGUUAACCAAAAAUGAUAAAGAAAAAAGAUUAUGUUACUACCUAGGUGGUUUAGAAGAUUCAGCAACUGGUAUUUUAAGUGAGAUGUCCAAGCCCUUAUCGUGGUCUAUGCCAUCAGUAAAAAUUUGCGAGCGUUUAAAGAAGAUGGAUGUUCAGAUUUGUGAUAUUAAAUUUGAUAAAGAAAUCGAUUGGAAGACUGUAAACCUUAAGAAACUUAAAGUCAAAGAUUUGAAAAAGAUAUUAGACAACUGGGGUGAAAUUUGCGAUGGCUGUUUAGAAAAAACUGAUUACAUCAAACGUGUUGAAGAAUUAAAACCUAACUAUGUCAAAGAAGAAUUGUAAAAUAAUACUUAUAAAUUAAUAUUAUGUUUUUUUUUGUACAAUAAAACACACUAUUUAAUUAUUUCUUUGUAAAUAUAUAUAAAAUGGCAAUAAAAAGGGCUAUCAAAAAUGAGCAUUUUUCACUACUAUAUGGUUAUUUUGGAAAAGGUUCUCGAUUUCCAUCGAUAAAAAUAAAAAUUGUAUUACUAUGGGCUAUAAAAUGUAAAAAUUAGCUACCAAUACUCAUUUCGUUAACCCUACAAUUAUAACAAAAAAAUUAAAUACAUAUUAUAAAUACAACAUAUUUUAGAGUUUAUUUCAACCCAAGAUGAUUUUUUGUUAUAACAUUAGAACAUAGAGUUAAUUUUUUAAUAAAUACAAAAUUGCUUUGUU